AUGGUUUGUCAAGAAUUGUUCCACCAACAAGUAAUGAGUUACCUGGUGGGGGGAGGAGAUUGUUAUUCAAGUCAUGCAUUCAAACUUUUGCGCUGGUAUGAGUUUGACCGUUAUGUGAGAAAGGAACUUCAUGAAGAAACUCCAGACAUUACUUCUGGUAACAACAAUUUUCAAAAUGAGGAUUACCACGCCAUUGAUGAAACUGACACAGUUGAUAAUUCUGUGAGGCGUGAUCAGAUAAAAGAUUUACAGGGAGAGCAGGCUUUCCUACUCAUUCACGCAGCAGACAGCGGCAUGGAAGGAAAGCGCUUCCGCAAGCAAAUUGUCAUAGCAAAUAUGAAUGUCAAAAAUGAGUGUAAAGAUGCCUGCAAUGCAAAUUCCUUGCGUAUCUCAUUGUUGGAUGUCAAGGUGGACAAUUUAAACGGAUUCUACACUGAAGUGCAGACCGCCACUAUGGCCCAUAAUACCCAUGACAGUGUUCACGGUGUCCCUUGA